AAAAACGUCAAGUCUUUGCCUUUAAAUUUGUCGUUGACCCGCCGUGAUUGGCUGCCUGCCUGUCCGGCCAGCCAAUCCAGUGCAGGUGUUUGCCAGGCCUGCCGUUGAGCGCGCGGUGCCCCGAGUGCUGUUUGAAUUGGCGGCUGGAGCGUGGUUUCUCAAACGGGUGAAAAACAAACGGUCAAACUGCGCCGUGAAUAACCCGAACCGCAAACAGCAGACUGGUGUUUUCGCAGCAUUUACCAGGUGCAUCUUCUAAAUGGCACUCUCAAUAGUAUGGUUGGCACUUGCAUUAUUCAGGAUACUGUGGUGCCUGGCUCCACAAACUGGCUAUAUACAUCCUGAUGAAUUUUUUCAGUCACCUGAGGUCAUGGCAGGUGACAUUUUGAACUUGAAGAUCUUUCGUUCUUGGGAAUUCAAUACCAGCUAUCCCAGCAGAUCAAUCCUUUUCCCAAUGGCCACAACUGGCUUUUCCUUCAUUGUCCUGAAAACUUUACACAAUUCUGGAUUAUUUGGCAGUAUCCUAAACAGCUACAGUUUGUUGAUUUUUCCCAGAUUAUACCUGACAUGCCUAUCCUUUAUAUUGGACUACUCUAUAUACCAUUUAGCCUGUCUCUGGGGAGCAGACCCUUGGCAUUCUUUAAUACUGCUGAGUGGGUCACAUGUGAUGUUGGUUUUUUACACAAGGACAUUUUCAAAUGUUAUAGAAGGAGUUCUAUUUGCAUUACUGCUGCUGUUUGUGGCUAUGGACGUACAGCAAACAAGUGUGGCAAUACAUCCUAAGGAGGAGGAAAGAACGAACAAUAAAUAUCUUAUUGGGGUUGUUUUGGUCUCUGGAUUUUUUAAUAGGCCCACAUUCAUUAGUUACGCUUUAAUGCCAAUGAUCUUGUGGCUUUCUCAUGAUCAGAAAGAAAAGUUUCAAUUCAACUUAAGAACAAUACUGAAAACAUCAUUUAGCAUUUUUUCACCUGUAAUUGUAACCAGUUUCAUUUUCAUUAUUAUUGAUACACUAUAUUUUAAUUUAUUGGUUUCUGAAUUUGAUUGGUUUAUGGAAGAUAGAUAUUCUAUACACAAACAUAUCAUUAAUCUAAGUAAAAACCUAGUUUUAACUCCACUUAAUUUCAUUUUGUAUAACUUGGAUCCAGACAACCUUUCUGUACAUGGGAGGCAUCCCUGGUUUACACAUCUGACUGUUAAUGGUUUUACAAUGUUUGGUGCUCUUCACUUGUCAGCUUUUGUAUCUGUUAUCAGAAUUAUAACUCAGAAGUCUGUUGGCACAGGUAGGUGUCAUGACCCAAAGAAACAGCAGUUUGAUAAGAGAUUACGAAUGCAGUUUCCUGCUCCCCCUCCAAUUACUAGGUAUUUAAUUUUGGUUUAUUUUGUUCCUCUAAUCAUUCUGUCCUUGUUCAGUCAUCAGGAGGCACGGUUUCUUACUCCACUCAUUAUACCAAUUGUUAUACAUAGUGUUUUAAAUUAUGAGAUAUUGAGGGGGAAAGCUGUAAUUGUUGUGUUUAACAUUUUAUGUUCUGUACUUUUUGGCUGUCUGCACCAGGGUGGCUUAAUUCCUUGUUUGUCCUAUUUAGAAAAUGUUUUGCAUUCAAAAGAUCCCAUAGCUAACCAGUCUGAGCAUGAUUUGAUAUUUUAUCACACCUACAUGCCUCCUAGAUAUCUCUUGAACAUCAAAUCAGACCAAGAGUGUAUCAGAAUCAUUGACUUGGGAGGGUCUGAUGUGUCUAUACUCAAUAACACAGUGAAUGGAUUGCACGACAAUUUCUCAAUGCACUUGACAAAGUGCUUGUCCAAGCACAAUGGGAAUAAUCAGGAAAUAAAUAUUUAUAUUAUUGCACCUGGCACUGUUCAAGAUGAUAUCAAAAGCUGUGGCUUUCAUUGGAAAACUGUUGCAUCGUUCUUCCCUCAUUUAACUAUGGAAGAUCCACCUGAUAUUUCUUCUUUUCUUUCUGAAGAUGGAUUGAACCAGCUGAGUCUUUACAUUUUCAAAGUGCACACAAAGUCAAAGAUUUAGAAUAUUAAGAUUACAGCUAAUUUGUGAACUCAGUUCUGUUUUUCCAAAAAGGCCAUAUGCUUUCAUUCCCCUCGAGACCAAAUACUAUUGCAUUUCAGUCUUGAAUACACUCAAGACUGAGCAUCCACAAUGCAGUGGAGAAUUUCAAAGAUUCACAGUAUUCUGUGUAAGGGGAGGAGCGGGGUGUGGGACAACAUGUAAACAUCCAAACUGUCCAGUCUACUCAGAAUUUUAAAAGAUUAAUUGAGACCACACAUCAUUUUCCUAAACUCCAGAGCAACUAUAUUUUGAAGAUGUCAUUUUAACUUCUUCUGUGAUGUAUUUAUAUACUUACAUUUGCAGAAAUGCUGGCUCUCGGUGACUAUAAAUUAUUAGAGUCUUUCAGGUGAUUUACAAAAGGUACCAUAUAUGGCAUUUUGUUGGUAAGAAACGUAGAUCAAGUUCAAUGUAAGUUAGGAUUAGGUAUUAAAAGUACAAGAAUGAGUUUUAUUUAUAUGCUUCAUUUAACAUAUUUAGGGCAGCACAGUGCUAAAUUGUCCACAGUGUUCAGGGAUGUGUAGGUUGGGUGCA